AGUAGUAUUAGUUUUCUAUGGUGGUAAACUACCCAUUAAAAAUCAUAAAUUGAAAUAAUUAAUUUUACUAAGUUGAACUCCACUAAUUAUUACUAUCGAUCUCUAAUAGAUAGACAAAGUUAGUUUUCCCAUUCUCUAUCAAUAAGCUAGUAUUCUACUAAAAUAGAACAAAAUUAUCCAAAAAUCUUUCUGUAAUCACCCUUGAUGGAGCAGCUCUAAAAGCUAUGAGAUGUUCUCGAUACAGCUUUCAUAUGACAGCGAAGCAUAAAAAUAAAAUAAAGGAAAAAAAACUUGGGUUAUAUAUAAAAAAAAAAAUGUAAAUUAUAGUAGUUGUGUUCAUAUUCCUUUCUCUUCUCCUAACUUCUAACUUAUAUGGUCAGAAAAUAAAAAUUAGAAACCAAAAAAAUAGGGAUUUAUCUGUCCAAUAACCUAACGCCAGAUGGCGUGUGGGCAGUGGUUGAAGCCGAUCAACACAACAAGAAAUAAAACAGAAGAUGAGGUGGUGGAGCCGCUAAGUCCGGCGUCGCGUUUGUUCCACGCGCCGCAGCUGAACUGCUGUAUAAUAGCUAUGGUUGGGUGUAAAACCAUGAUUAAUGUUGAGGUUAUUAAAGAUGGGAUUAACCAAACCAUGGUUAAGCAUCCUCGGAUCUCCAGCAAGUUGGUAUUUCAUCCCAAGAAACAUGGCAAACCAGUUGGAUGGAUUCGUACCAAGGUGAACGUAGAUGAUCAUGUUAUUGUUCCGAAUUUGCAUUCUCAUAUAAACUCACCAGAUAAAUUUGUUGAAGACUAUGUUACAAACUUAACUCAAACUCCCAUGGACUUAACAAAGCCACUAUGGGAAAUCCACAUCCUAAACAUCAAAACAAAGGAUGCUAACUCCAUUGCAAUCUUCCGAAUACACCAUUCAAUAGGAGAUGGUGUUUCUCUUAUGUCCCUAGUCCUUGCUUGUACUCGAAAAACCUCGGAUCCGAACGCAGUUCCUACGUUUCCUACAGAGGACAAGAAGAAGAAGAAGUUGUUUGAGAAUAGUAGCUCAUUUUGGUUGUUAAGUUGCUUCUUGUGGUUGUGGUUUGCUUUGAAGAUGUUGUGGAAUACUAUUGUAGAUUUAUGCUUCUUUUUGGCUACUAUGAUUUUUCUCAAGGACACCAACACUCCUGUGAAAGCUUCUCGUGGGACUGAAAAGGGUCCUAAAAAGUUUGUGUAUAGGAUUCUUAGCUUGGAUGAUAUCAAGUUGGUGAAGAAUGUCAUGAAUGUGACGAUAAACGAUGUGAUUGUGGGGAUUACUCAGGCAGGUCUGUCGCGUUACCUUAACAGGAAGUAUGGUGAGUCUAAAGGAGAUCAAAAUGUCCAGCAAAAUCAUUUGCCUCAACAUAUCCGCCUUAGAUCAACCCUCCUUGUAAACAUCAGACCAACUUCCAAAAUUCAGGAUUUAGCAGAACAAAUGGAAUCAAACGAUCCCAAGAGAAAAUGGGAAUGGGGGAACUCAAUUGGUUACAUCCUUCUCCCAUUCGACAUUGCAUUAAGAGACGACCCAUUAGAUUACAUACGCAAAGCUAAGACCACCAUCGACAAGAAGAAACAAUCUCUCGAAGCAGUUUUCACAUUUAUAUGCGCGGAAUUUAUUCUAAAGGCACUAGGCCUUGGGGUUACUGCUACUAUAACACACAGAGCUCUAUCCAAUGCUACCUUGUCCUUCUCAAAUGUAGUCGGUCCAAAGGAAGAAAUAAGCUUUUAUGGUCAUCCCAUGACUUUCCUUGCUCCUAGCGUUUACGGCCACCCACAUGCUUUGACAGUCCAUUUUCAGAGUUAUAUGGAUCAAAUGACUUUGGUUCUAGCAGUUGAUCAAAAUGUGAUUCCUGAACCACACAGACUAUGUGAUGAUAUUGAGGAAUUUCUUGCAUUUGCAAAAGAAGCAGCUCAAAAGAAGAAAAUCUUCCAUAUCUAGAAAUUAGAACAAAUGUAUUGUUUACACGAAUAGAUUAAUUAUAUAUAGAGCAAUACACACUUUUUUUUCCCAAAACAAUACAACAUUAAAUUAAUGAUCA